AUGUAGCCUCAAUUACCAAAAAUUCAUGAUAGAUCAUUAUAAUAUGGUGAUAAUCCAUUCUAUGUUCCAGAUGAAUAUGAGAUAUUCAAAUUGAAAGAAAAAUCAAAAUUAGCUAGAUCUGAAGAAAGAGUUAAAUUUUCAAAAUUGAAGAUUGAAGAUAAGAGUAAAAAAUAAAAAGGAUUUUUCACUGUUAGAACAAUAGAUCGUUUGGGAAGUGAAGAAACAUCAUUUGAUAGAGAAGAAUAAGAUAAGAUGUAUGAAUUAAAUAUAAUUAAAGUAAUAUUGUUGAAGCUGCUAAUAAUGCAUUAAAAAAUAGAGUUAAAUUUAGAGAACCUAUGCAUUAAUUUUUAGAAAAGAAAAGAGAAAUGUUAUUAUUUUAAAUGCUAAUUGAUUAAAAAAGAGAAAUGAUUGAUGUUUAUGAGAAGUAAGCUAGAUUUCAUAGAAAAGGUUUAGAAUAAAGUGAAUAAUUAAUUGAUGAGGAUAUUGAAAUGUUCAAUAAAUUUUUAGAAGCUAAUAAUAAUAGUUCUAGAGAUGCAAUUAAAGAAGCAGAAAAUGAAACUAGAUUGAAAUAAGAAAAAACUAAUGAAAUUAAAGUGUUAUAAGAACAUAGAACUGAAUUAAUGACUAAAAAUUAAUAAAAAGUAGAUAAUUUAGAAGAUCUCAUAAAAUACAAAAAUUUUUUAGACAGAAUAACUCCAAAAGAAUUUAAAAAAAAAAGUAGAAAAUUAUAAAACAAAAUCAAAAAUAAAAAUAAUCUUUAAGAAAAUUAAAUAAGUUCUGAUUUAUAAAAAAUAUUAGANAUCAAAAUCUUCCUAAUAAUUACUCUAAUAAACAAGAAAGAAUUUAUUAUCAGCUGCAGAUCCUGA